CGCGGACUCCGUAUAUAAACGCGAGUGAGAUAGCUCUCUCCUCAUCCCCACGGCAAGGCGCAUCCUCAGAGGAGCGGCGUCCAGUCGAGCAACCCGCAGCCCGCAGCCAGGACAGCUUCAGAGAUGGCGCAGUGGUGCAGUUUUUCGGCUUUCGUGUUGCUCGUGUCUGCGGCGUGCUUAGCCUUGGCGCAAGAGCAAGGGCUCGAAUACCCCACAUACAAUGAAGUUCCACAAGGUCUCAGCUUCACCUGCAAUCAGAGAGGUCCUGGCUACUAUGCAGAUGUUGAAACACAGUGCCAAGUAUGGCACUGGUGUCUUCCUUCAGGCCAGCAGUUCAGCUUUCUUUGCCCAAAUGGAACAGUUUUCAACCAGAAUUUUCGCGUUUGUGACUGGUUUUACAAUGUUGAUUGUCCUUCUUCAACAGAUUUGUAUGGGAUAAAUGAUGACUUAUACAAGGACAAAGACGGAAAUUACAUAUAGAAAACCUUGAAUUUAAUUUUCAUGAGAAAAUACACAUCUGAAUGUCACAGGUGCACAUAAAUCAUUUCAUAGGAGGAGCUAAUAAAAAACAGCUAAUAACCAUCUAAAGUCAAAAUACUCGCAUAUCCAACAAACAUGGAUUAAAGCAGAAUAUGAAUAUGAAUAUGAAAUGUGAUGAGCCGAGGGUUUCUCUUCUACCUACAGAGAGAAAAAGGAGAAGGAGAAUUGUGAGGAAUGUAUAAGUAGUUAGAUCUGCAACAUUGAGGAAGAAAGUUGUGAAAUAACAGGACUUAUUAACCUUCACUUAUACUUAUACUUAUACUUAUAUGGUCUCACAACUCCUCCUUCUUCCUUUUCUUCUCAACAGAAUUAAAAUAAGUAAAUUUUGAUUACAGGUACUCAUAUCUGAUUAGUUAUUUUAAUGUAUGAGUUUUUGGUCUACCAUAAUUUCCAGUUUCUACUGGAGGGUGAAGCUGUUUCAUCCAGCAGUAUUUAAGUCACAAGAUUUGUCAUGUUAUUCAAGGCCAGUUUCAACCAGAGAUUUUUAGUUUCCUGCAUUCUGUGUUUGUCUGUUUGUUUGUUUGUUGUAGUACAAAGAUAUGUAAAGAAUUUGUCAGUGCUGUUAAAAAAAAGAACAAAAAAGAGUUCUCAGUCAUAACAGUUGUUACAUCAAUAUUUAUAUAACUUGUGUACAA